ACCAGAUUAUUUUGAGGUCUGCCCAUCACAGCUGCUGUUUUUUGCAGGAGCAGCCACACAGAGCCCCUCUUCACUCCUCGUCUGUCUUCUUCAGUAGUGCUGUCGUAGUAUUUUCUAAGAAUGGAGAGUUGCAGCCAACCUGUAGAUCUACAGGCCCCUAAGAGUGACCUCACUGAAGACCUGAGUAAACAAUUAGAGGAUAUCAUCAGCACCUUUCAGGACACAGAGAAGCCGCCUGAGACUGAAGAGCCAGAGGAGGAGCCACUCACAGAAAUAAAAGAGCCUGGCAAGGCCAAGGAUCAGAAGCUCGAAAAGAAAAUGCUUAAAGGCCUUGGCAAGGAGGCCACACUUCUGAUGCAAAGCCUGAACAAGCUUGGUUCCCCAGAGGUGAAACUGGAAGCCCUCAUCAAGAAGCAUGCAGAGUUGCUGGAAGAGCAUCGCUCAGACCACAAACAGUUGAAGAUGCUACAGAAGAAACUGCUGCAGGUGAUGAAGGAGAAAGACCAGCUUCAGAGUGAGCACAGCAGAGCAGUACUGGCCCGCAGUAAACUCGAGGGGCUUUGCAGGGAACUGCAGAGACACAACAAGACCCUCAAGGAGGAGACCCUUCAAAGAUGUCGUGAAGAUGACCUGAAAAGGAAGGAGAUCACCACUCACUUCCAGAACACCCUUACAGACAUCCAGGUCCAGAUUGAGGAGCACAGCAAUCGCAACAACAAACUGUGCCAGGAGAACAGUGACCUAGCUGAGAAACUCAAAGGCCUCAUUUCCAAAUAUGACCAGCGAGAGGCGAAUCUUGAAAAAGUGUUUAAGCACAGAGACCUACAGCAGAAGCUGUUGGAGACAAAACUUGCUCAGGCAAAUGUGAUAAUAAAGGAUGCGGAAGAGAAGCACAAGUUGGAGAAAGCGCAUUUGCUAAAGGAAGCUGCUGAGGCCAAACUUCAAGUGACACUAAUGAAGGAACAAGAGAUGGACAUGAAGGCCCAGCUUGCUAUGUAUUCUGAGAAGUUUGACGAAUUCAAAGGAACUGUGUCAAAGAGCAGUGGUGUGUAUGCCAGCUUCAAGCAAGACAUAGAUAAAAUGUCAAAGAAGAUGAAGAAGCUGGAGAAAGAGGCCAAUGGAUGGAAAUCACGAUUUGAAGCAUGCAAUAAAUCUCUUGUUGAAAUGGUUGCAGACAAAGUGUUGAAGGAGAAAGAAUUUGAGCUCUUCACACUCAAAAACCAAAACCUGGAGAAGCUUUGCAGGGCAUUGCAGGACGAGAGGAAAAAUCUUUAUCAGAAGCUUCAGCAAAACCAGCUGCCUGGAACUGAAUCUGACAACCUGGACCUUCAGGAGCCCUUAGGGGGCAGUGAUGGAAGUUUGGAGGCCCAGAAACCUAAAGCAGAAGAAGAAACCAAAAAUGUGGUGGCAGAGGAAACAAAAGUGGUCCAUUCAGAUCCAAACACCCCUAAAGAAGUGCUAAAUGACCCUCCUAAAGUUGCAACCCCCCUUACCAAAAAGCUGAAUAAUCUGAAGGCAGAAAAGGCCAGACUUGAAGAGAUAGCGACAUCUUUUAACAUCUCUAACGUACCUGAACAGCCUGCUCUGCUUGCAGAGGCCUGCAGUGUUUCUGAACACUCUGAGACCACAGACUCUGUGCAGGGGCCUGAGGACCCUACAGAGGCCAUCGAUGAUCUCGCUGAUCUGGAGUCUCAGCUCAAUGAAGCGCUCAGCCUCUCUACAGAAGCAUGGUGUGAUGAAAAUCAAGAAACCAGAGACAAAGAAAUGGAGACAGUUGACUGAAUAUAUUGAAUGUCAAUAAAAUGUUUUACACAACA